ACUCCCCCCUUUCCUUCGCCUGAGCGGUGUGACAGCUCGACCGAACAUUGCCCAAGAUGAUGUCCGCUCCUCAACCUUACCCCACCGUGGGUGCCAAUGCCCCUGCCCCAGAUGAUGCGCAGAUCACAAAGAAGAUGCCAUCCAUCUGCGUAGACUACCUAUCACACAAUUGGGCUCAGGAGGAUGUGUGGCAGAGCUGGAGGGCAAUGACGAAGCGGAAGAACGAAGUAAGUCUGUAAGAGAAGAGAGGAAGGGCAGGUGCAGCGCAUGGGGGUAGCCUUGGUCUCACUGAGAGAGUGCGAAGCAGGUGUUAGGAUCGGUGCUCACACCCAUCCUCUGCCUACUCAGAUUGCAAAUGGUGUGAGGCUCGAGAAUGCUAGCUGGAGGACGUGGGCCAAGCAGAGGGGCAACCUCAAGACCAUCAAUCCCGAGACCCUGAACUGGCUCAAAGACAGUGAUGUGACAUGGCUGUACGGACCGCUGCAUGAACACGCUGAUCCCGUGCCACCGCCAAAGAUUGCUAGUACACAGGAUAGACUGGAUUUAGAGGUCUCUAUGCAGAAGAAGUCCAUCCUGAAGCAUCGCACCAUCUCCGAGAUGCUUGCUACUCCCGGUAGAUCCGCAUCUCCGGGAAUAGAUACGCUACCGUCUAUGAGCAGUGGCACUUCAACACCGGAAGCCAGGGAGAGCAACGGCAAGAUCUUGUCCGUCAAGUCUGAUACAAACCUCACUAGCAAGAAGCGCAGGAGUGGAGGCUCUCCACCCGCAAGCGAGAGGCUACUAAGCCACCCCUCCCUCCACCGAUCCGACACGACAACGUCUGAUGAGAAGCGGCACAUUAGCUUCAAUCAAAGAGUGGACCAGUGCAUCGCAGUUGACUAUAUAGAAGAGGAGCCUGGCUACUCCGAUGGCGACUAUGACGAUGACGAGCCCUCUGACGAUGACUCGGCUUCGGAUGAAGGCGAGGUGCUCACCAUGAGAUCCAGUCGAGCCGGCGCAUCGUCUUCAUCGGCGAGCUUAUCCAGCCGAAGCUCUAACAACGGUUACGCUGACCACCACACCAUCGCUAAGCUAGCACCGACAAUGCUCAAAACCACUGAUGUGUACCCGGCUCCUUCGCCUGCGGUGGUGGAUCCGACAGGCUUCUCAUCAGGGAGCGCUCAGAGUUCCCGGCCUCAAUCGCGCUUCGACUGCGAUGAUGAUCAACAGCAUCUACUCCAACCCAAGAGCGAGUGGGAAGAUGACGCUGCUGGAGGCUUCGACUACUUCAAUGGGCCGUUCAAUGGAGAGGGCGCAGAAGACGAGUCGCCGUCGGGUAUAGCAUCGACACCAGGUGCAGGAUCCAAGAAAGCGGCGUUGCCGCCGUACGAAGCACCGAAGAGUAGUGAUCAUGCCAAUGCGAAUCCUUCAGACUCGUCUUCGACCGGAUCAACAUCAUCAAACAGCACCUCUGGCACAUCACCUGGACCCAGUCAUCCACCUGCGCUUCCUCGAAGCAUUCUGAAACGCAGACCGCAAGGGCAAUCAUCAGAACAUGACGGCUCUCAAGAGGAAUGGAGCUACAACAGCAACUCUUCGGACCACAACAGCGCUGGCACACCAGUGGGCGCCAAGUCGCCUUUCCUUGCUGAGAAUCAAGAUCAAUAUGAGCCAUCGGAGCAAAAAUCAACGAACUUCGAUCUUGCGGACCCGAUCGAGGGCGAAUCGGCUCGCGGUAGGCCUUCUCAGCGGCUAGGGUCUACCAGCUAUGAGCGCAUCCAAGAAGCUGCUCGACGAGGCGGUGUACGAAGUGGCUCUUCGAGUAGUUCAGGAAGCCCGUCGGGAAGCUUAGAAAACCCAAGUGGUAUCGCCAGCCGUAUCAGCGGCUCAGCUGCUGGAUCGAGCAGUGCAUCCAUAAGCGGCCCUCAGUCGCCACCAGAGAGGGAAAGGAGGGGCAGUUUUAGAGGUAGGGACAGCGAUGGGCAGCAACGCUUUGACGCAGCUGCACGCCUUGCACUCGGAGCCGAAGCCUCUGCCAACGACGCGGCAGUUGACAGUUCAUCGCCUUCUUUGCCAUCUUCACCAACGGAAGAGGAGGCAGACGGGAGACCUCAGGCUCGAGGCAAGCGCAGCAGCGUCGGUGGAGCUGCCGGUGUCAAAGCUAGGGGCUCUUCGGCCCACUCUGGCGGCAGCAUGUCACCGGCUGGAUCGCAGCGCCUGAGCGUAGAUCUCGACAAUCUACCAAGCAAUGACCCUGGCUCCUUCUCUUCGACUCCCUCUGGUCAAGGCUCUGGCGGCAACGGCGGACCGACGCCGCUGAACACUCCUACCCUUGCGCUAGCCAGGUCACGCGGUGGCUCUUCUUCUUCCCGAUCUGGCGCGCCCGGCAAGAGGCCCUCUUCAUCAGGCAGUACCGGCCCUUCUCCAUCCAGUCCCGUCCUACCCAGAAGGACUAGCGCUACAGGCGCACUCGUAGCUCCUAGUGAUGCGGAUCGACAAGCGGGAGUGAGAGUGCCACUGGCAGACGACUUUGUAGAGGAAGACGAGGGAGGAAUCGUUGGCAGGGCAGUGGAGAUUGUCAAUACCGCUCGGGACCUCAUUGCUGCUGUUUGGCCCCGAUCAAAGUAAUCGGCCAAUUGGUAGAGCCAAAAGUCGAGUAUAGAGGACUCGAUCUAGAAGUAGGAGCCGAAGCAAGAGAGAGGUAGCGGGAUUUUGUGCAGAGCUAGAGCACAUCAUCAGGUUUCCCGUUGGGGAGAAGCUACAAAGGACC